AUGAAGCUAUCAAAUCUAAGCUUGAUAUUUACAGUUUGUAAACUAGCAACUGCCUAUGACUAUAUCAAUAAAGAAAAUUCCCUUGAUGAGGUGUUUCAAGACGAAGCUUCCUUAGAAAAAAGGCAUUUCGAUCACGACAACUGGCCUUGUUCUGAAACCACUUAUAUCCCCGGUCCAUGUGAUUUUCACUCGAAGACUACAGUUUGGAGCACAUCAACUAAGUGGGAUGGCUAUUUCUCAUAUUACGGUAUUGCUUACAUUUACCAUCCACAUCCAACAUGCACUGGAACCACAGAAUCCACGGAAACUUCUAUCCCUGUUGAAACAGCAUCUACCACGGCUUGGUCUUCUGCUUGGACCUCCGAAUGGUCUUCUGAAUGGUCUUCAGAGACUGAGAUAACUGAAUCCACGGAAACUUCUAUCCCUGUUGAAACAGCAUCUACCACGGCUUGGUCUUCUGCUUGGACCUCCGAAUGGUCUUCUGAAUGGUCUUCAGAGACUGAGAUAACUGAAUCCACGGAAACUUCUAUCCCUGUUGAAACAGCAUCUACCACAGCUUGGUCUUCUGCUUGGACCUCCGAAUGGUCUUCUGAAAUCCCGGAAAAUCCACUAACAUCUGCUAUUACUUAUUCAACUGCUUGGACUUCAACAUGGAGUAGUGCGUGGACCUCAUAUUGGACAUCCGAGUACACAAUCACCCGAACUACCACUUCAAAUACAGGAGAAACAUAUACUACAACGUACACGCUCACUUCUCUUUGCAGCACCACCAACCCAACAACAGAGCCAAUAAAUCCGUCCACUGAGACAACAUCUAGUGAGCCAUGUACUACUACCUCUGAAACAACAUCUAGUGAGCCAUGUACUACUACCUCUGAGACAACAUCUAGUGAGCCAUGUACUACUACCUCUGAGACAACAUCUAGUGAGCCAUGUACUACUACCUCUGAAACAACAUCUAGUGAGCCAUGUACUACUACCUCUGGCACUACUACCUCUGAGACACCACCUCCUACACCAUCUGGUUCUACUUCUGGUUCUACUUCUGGUACUACCUCUGGUACUACCUCUGAAACCCCAUCUGGUUCUACCUCUGGUACUACUUCUGAAACCCCAUCUGGUUCUACCUCUGAUACUACUUCUGAAACCCCAUCUGGUUCUACUUCUGGUUCUACUUCUGGUACUACUUCUGGUUCUACCACCAAGACACCAGUUCCUAAACCAUCUGGUACUACUUCUGGUACUACUUCUGAAACCCCAUCUGGUUCUACUUCUGGUACUACCUCUGGUUCUACCACCAAGACACCAGUUCCUAAACCAUCUGGUACUACAUCUGGUACUACCUCUGAAACCCCAUCUGGUUCUACUUCUGGUUCUACUUCUGGUACUACAUCUGGUACUACCUCUGAAACCCCAUCUGGUUCUACCUCUGGUACUACUUCUGGUUCUACCACCAAGACACCAGUUCCUAAACCAUCUGGUACUACUUCUGGUACUACUUCUGAAACCCCAUCUGGUUCUACUUCUGGUACUACCUCUGGUUCUACCACCAAGACACCAGUUCCUAAACCAUCUGGUACUACAUCUGGUACUACCUCUGAAACCCCAUCUGGUUCUACCUCUGGUACUACUUCUGAAACCCCAUCUGGUUCUACCUCUGAUACUACUUCUGAAACCCCAUCUGGUUCUACUUCUGGUUCUACCUCUGGUACUACUUCUGGUUCUACCACCAAGACACCAGUUCCUAAACCAUCUGGUACUACUUCUGGUACUACUUCUGAAACCCCAUCUGGUUCUACCUCUGAUACUACUUCUGAAACCCCAUCUGGUUCUACUUCUGAUACUACUUCUGGUUCUACCACCAAGACACCGGUUCCUAAACCAUCUGGCUCUACUUCUGAAAACUCUGUCACCGAAUCUACUGGCACUUCAUUCACCACAAUCACCACCGUCUCCACCAACACCACAUGUAAAAAUGGCUCCUGUACGGCUACUUAUGUCUCAACCUCCCAGUAUACUACCACUGAAACUGUUUGCGACAGCGCUUCUUGUACCUCCACUGCCAUCACCACCUCUGAAUAUACCACUACAGAAACUCUUACACCAAAUGCCACCGAAACCAUCACCACCACAUACGUUGUCACCACCGUUUGCAGUUCUGUUGUAACAAACCCAUCGGAGACUGCAACUACCAGUGCCCCAGCAGAGAACUCAUCCACUGUCGAGCUGACCACUGUAGUGACCACUUCCCAAUACACAGUGACUCAGACCUUGACACCAAACCCAACUGAGACCAUCACACAAACAUAUGUUACUACUACUGUGUGUAGUUCAGUUGUGCCAAAGGAAACUCCAGCUCAAACCGAGACCCCAAGCACCAACCCAGAACAACCAGGCACUACUGUUCAACCAGAACAACCAGGUUCAACAGCUCAGCCAGAAGAACCAACAACAUCCUCUAACCAAGAACAAACAUCUAGUGCGAUCACUCAAGGUACUCAAGGUACUCAAGGUACUCAAGGUACUCAAGGUACUCAAGGUACUCAAGGUACUCAAGGUACUCAAGGUACUCAAGGUACACACGAAAAUCCAACUGAAACAUUAUCUUCUGAGACAAAAGUUCCCGGCGCAAUGACCACAGUUUCCACUUCAUCGACAUCUACUAUACCUUCUCUAAUCGGUACCGCUCCUUCAGAUAACACAUUUGAAGGUGCUGCUUCAUCAAAGAGAAUUGACUUCUUACUAGCUAUUUUGAUUCCCCUCGCUUACGUUAUUUAA